AUGGACAAGGUGGAGAUUGCGAAAGCCGCGGACUAUGCCGCGGCGGACGCGGAUAUGACAUACCGCCUUGUGGAUGUCUUCGAGAAGGAACUCGAAGAGAACAAUUUGCGCAUUACCUUCGACACGUUGGAGAUGCCGCUAGUGCCGGUGCUGGUGAAGAUGCAGAGGGACGGCGUUGCCAUCGACACGGGUGCUCUCGCGCCGAUGUCUAUCGAGAUGGGCGAGCAGAUUGAUGCCAUCCGCCAGAGCAUGUACGACACGGUGGGGCACGAGUUCAACAUCAACUCGCCCAAGCAGCUUGGGGACGUGCUGUUCAAUGAACUGUACCUGCCGCCGACUCGCAAGACGCCGAGCGGAGGGUUCACUACUAACGCGGCGGCGCUGGACGGACUGAAAAGAGUUUCUGGACAGCGGCAAUGCGGAGGGCGUUGA